CAUUUCAUGGCCACGUCAGUCGUCAGCAGCGUGGGCGUGGCCACGAAAUGGGUCGGUUGUUUUAAUGACGCCUCUAAAUAGUCAGGGUUGCCAACCCCGACUAUUUAGCUAUAAGCUAAAAUAGUCGGGGUUGGUAACCCCGACUAAUUUAGGGUCCUGUCUAAUAGGUCGGGGUUGGAAACCCCGAUCAAUUCAAAAGCAGUUUCGAAAUGGUCGGGGUUCCCAAACCCCGAUCAUAUGGCAGAGACUAUCCACCCAACCCAGCUGACGAGUCAAAAUUGGCUAAGGAAAAUAGUCGGGUUUAGCAAACCCGACUAUUUUGUUCUGGGUCCCGCCACCUAUAUAAACCCCCCAGGUCGUUCCCAGCCAUUAUUCCGCGUUCUCAGCUCAUUCCCAGUCGCCUCUCUCCGUCGUUGUCGUCUCCUAAGCCAAAAAUAUCGCAUUUUUACGCCAUUUUUGUGCGGAAUUUCAUCGUGAAAGAUCUAACAGGUACUUUCUCUUCAUUCUCUCUUCUUUUAACACGUAGAAAUCUAGGGUUUUCUCUCCAAAACGAAUUUAUAGUGCUUGAACUCUAUUUGUAGUGGUUUAUUUAAGAAAUUUAUUCUUGUUGUAGUUGAAAUUAAACAUUUUGGGCAUAGAAUACUCAAUUUUAGGGUUUAGAAUUUGGGGGUCAAUUUUAGGAUUUAGGAUUUGGGGGUUUACGGUUGUAAAUGAGUUUUAGGGUUGUAAUUGGGCUAUUGCUUACGACACAUUAGAGCUAACUUUAAAAAAAGCUUUGGUCAAGUACAUCUACAAAACCUUCUUUGGCAAGCGGGUGUUACAUCCGAAACGUGUGUGUACGAUCGGAUACGGGAUCAAAUCAAGGCAACAUCUCAAGCUGCUCAUGAUUGGAUUGAGAGUAGUUUGGGAAGCGAUUACGUCGACCGGUGGGCACUAAGUAAAGAUGGCGGGAAUCGCUAUUACAUGAUGACAACUAAUUGUUCUGAAAGCUUCAACGGUGUACUUAAGGGGGCUCGAGCAAUGUCCAUACAGACGUUGGUUGCGAGGACAUUUUAUAGACUAAAUCAGUAUUUUGUCAAGCGGCGAGAGGAUGGAGCAAAGUGGGGGAUGUUGUUCACCCCAAAAAAUGAAGAGAUUAUAGGAGCUCGUGUCAAGCAAGCCAGAUUGACUAAGAUUGUUAGAUUUUCUAUAGAUAAAUGGGAGGUUACAGACAAUCACGGUCAUAAUUACACCGUCAAUUUACGAGGAACACAAUGCGCAUGCACAUGUAACAUACUAAAAUUGUAAAAAUUGCCAUGUCCACAUGUUAUAGCGGUUACGACCAAGCAAUUUGAGGGUGCAAAUACAUCGUAUUACACAUACGCUUCUGAGUGGUAUCAAUCAAGCUACUAUAGAGAUUCAUACAGUCAAUUUUUUUAUCCCAUCGUAAAUAGUCGUUACUGGCCACCCUAUAACGGGCCGCAUGUGUUACCUCCUGAAUUUAAGAGACAAGCCAGACGUCCGAGAUCAACACGCAUAAAAUCUACGAUGGAUGAAGGUCAGGAAGGAGUUCCAAAAAAAUAGGUGUGGAUAUUGUAGACAACCAGGCCAUAGGAGAUCUCAUUGUCCCACCAAUCCAAAUAGAUAGCAAUUAAUGGGCACAAUUAAUUUAAUUUCUAUUAAUUAUUCUACUUCAUUUAUAUUCGAAUUUUGAACUUUUAUUUUACUUCAUUAUAUUCUACUUCAUUUAUAUCAUCAUAUGUGCAAAUAUGGAGGCGGGUCCAUUGACGUAUGAGGUCCUUUAUGACCAACCUCGACAUCGAUCCACGAAGAUUGACACUGGGAAGGAAAUUAGAUUGAUAGUUAUUGUUAUGGUAAUUUACCAUCUAAAGAUGAAGAUGUCGAGAGAUUGACUGCAUAGGCUUAAAAAGGGCAUGGUCCAAACCAGCUUAGAAGCCCAAAAGUCCAGCUAAGGGCAAGUCUAUCAGCUAGCUAAGCAGACGAGUCAUCUUUCGACCAAGGGUCAUCAUUACCGACUCGAAGUGCGGGAUUAGUCGGUCCCUCGUAAUUAAGAUGACUCCUCGAGCAGACGUCCCGACCAUACACUCGGCCCAAAGCUCACUCGACUAUCGGGUAGGCAAAUCAUAAUGAUGACUCACAAGAUUAACCCGUCUCGACUAAGAGGAUAAGAUCCGACUAAGCUCACUUCAGAUGUCAAUCGACACUACAGCAUUGAUCAGUCCCAUCGAGAUCUCCGCUCUGACAAAUGCCAUGCAUAAGCUGUUUAUUCUCCUCACAAGUCACUUCCCAGAGAUCGUCAUGAUGCUCUCAUGGGCUCUAAUAGUUUCCCCUCCAAUCACCAACCGUCAUCUGGAGGGGAGAGGACGACCAAGUAGCUGACAUAUCCUAUGUCCUGCCUCAUCUGUCAAAUCCAGGAUACUGGGAAGACAUUUCUCUCCUGUAUCCGAAUGACUUCUCUUCCAAUCGUCAGUCUACAUCUGGAAGGAGAAGGAUGACUCAGCAACCUGUCUGUUCACCCCUUAACCGCCUCCUGUGCAUAGUCAAAGCCAAGGAUCAAACUCUCAGAGGCAAUGUGCUAUAAAAGGAGGAAAAGAAGGUAACAAGAGAGGUAGAUUUUUUCUGCUGCUACUUCACUAAAUCUCUGAUUUUUUACUUUUGUAAAAAAGAACUAAUAACUCUCAAAGAGUAUCCUCUAAGGACCUCAAUGGCCCAGGGACUCUCCAUCAAACCCCACUCAAGCCCACUAGCUAACUUGACCGUCGGAGGUACCACGAGAGAAAUGAGCCUCGCCCUCCCACGGGUUUUUCCUUGUUUGUGCAGAAGGAUCGGAAAUUCCAGUCUAAGGAUCGGGCAUAAAAUCGGAGGAGGAGUCGACCCCAUCUCUCAUCCUCUUCCUAUUCGCCGCCAGCGCGAAGACCAAAACCGCAACCCCCUCGACUGUGUGAUAUCAGACAUCAACAGUUAUAAAUUACAUUUUCAAUCAAAUCAAUUAUUCUAAGUUAUUGAUUGUUACUGAACAUUUGCACUGUUUGUUAUAUGUAGGCCCCGAGCAUUACUAUCGUUGAUCAUACUCGUGCACAUUCGAGCUGGGAGUUGACUGAUCCACAUGUCCGAUAUAAUGUCCGUCAAGCAUGCUUCUUUGAGUACUCACAAAUUAAAUGGGUGAGACUUGAUUGGGCUCUCUUAACGGCACUGGUUGAACGAUGGAGGCCCGAGACAAACACAUUCCACCUGCGCUAAGGAGAGUCGACGAUUACAUUACAGGAUGUUGGGGUUUUGCUUGGACUCAGAGUGGAUGGAGAUGCUGUCACAGGUAGCGACGACUUCGAUUGGUCAGGGAAGUGCGAAGCAUUGCUGGGUCAAGUUCCUCACAUGAGGGGUGGAAGGAUCAAGCUUCAAUGAUUGAGAAACAAUUACAUGAAUAAUCCGAUUGAUGUGACCGAGAAGAUCGUCAAGAUGUAUGCCCGUGCAUACAUACUUCACAUAAUCGGUACUAUUCUUUUCCCGGAUUCCACGAAGGAUUCGGUGCACGUGAGGUGGUUGCCACUCCUGGAGGAUCUUGUGGAUUGUGGGGAUUGUCAUGGGGGAGUGUCGUGUUAGCGUAUCUGUAUAGGGAGAUGACCAAAGUGGCUCUUGUUCAAAACAAAGAAUUCAAGGGUUGUCUCACUAUGCUACAGAUAUGGUCUUGGGAGAGAUUGUAUUUGGGUUGCCCAGAUUUGAGGGAGGCACGUGUUCUCGAUGGUCAUAUUCCGUUAGGCUGCAGGUAUUACUAAGUUAUUUUAAAAAAUAUAUGAUUACAUGUAAUUUUAUACAUUUAUUUUAAUUUAUACUAACUCAUUGUAUAUAAAAUAGAUGGAAUGUAUCCAGAUCUUGGCAUACCUCACCAAAGGGCCAUGAAAACUUCUAUAGGAACGAGCUCGAUCAAAUGGAGGACGAACAGGUAUUAAAUCAUAAUAUCUAAAAAAAUUUAAUUAUUACAACAUUUAUUACUAAAAUCUGCUUUACUUUAUUUUUUAUAGGUCAAGUGGAUGUCAUAUGAACUAGUUUUAGAGUCACUACCAGAUAUAUGCAGAGAAGAGCCGGAUGUAUGGCGUGCUCGUGUCCCGAUCAUAUGUUUUGAGAUUGUCGAGAUGCACGUGCCCGAUCGUGUGCUCCGACAAUUUGGGCUACAACAUAUCCCGGACCCUAUGGAAAUAAUAGAGAUAAAUCCCAGAAAAUGUGCACAUCGGCAAGAUUGGGAACAUAUUCACAGUGCUUACAUCGGGAGAUGGGAUUGGUGGGAAGAACAAUUGGUGAUGGAGAGGGCUGACGCACCUGACCUAGGUGUGUAUUUGCGGUGGUAUUGGGAGAUUACUCGUCGGUGGAUAUUUCAGGAGAAUAAAGCCCCUAAGGAGUACAUACCGAGAGACCCAGUUGAGAGAGAGUUAGUACAAGAGCUCGAAGAACUUUCUACUAUGGCGCAUGAUGCAAUCCAAACGACUACCGAGUCAGGGCCGAGGAACACGUUCAUUAGCAUGAUCAAAAAGAUUCGGUCCGCUCUUCAGAGGACGCGUAAUGCAAGACGUGAUGGACGUGAGGAGCGACCAAUUGAGUACGAUCGUCAACGGUUCCGAGGACACAAAGGGGCAGGCUCAAGCGGUGCACAUGAUGAAGCUGGCGGCUCACAGCAGGCCCAAACCGGAUGUUCACGGUCGGUUCGAGUCGAUGAGGAUGUCAUGUACUCCCAACUUCACACACAACCGGACGAGGAACUCAUCCGAGCUCACGUCGAAGGUGAAUGUGUCAGGGGGAGGGGGAGGGGGAGAGGGAGAGGGAGAGGGAGAGAGAGAGAGGGAGAGUAAGAGGGAGAGGAAAGGGAGUUGUAUCCGAUUGAAACUGAAUAUUAUGUAUCUGAUUGAGUAUUGCUAGGAUGUUUGCGUUUGAAACUAAAUAUUAUGUAUUCAAUUGAGUAUUGGUUAUUAGUAUGUGAAUUGCAUGGUAUGUAUCCGAUUGAUUAUGAAUUUUUAUUUAAAAUUAUUGAUUGGUAUGUGUUAUUGUGAUUGUGAUUGCAUUGUGGAUUGAUAUGUAACAGUAUGAGUUUGAAUUUCCAGCUAAAAGUGGGUGUAAGUAGAGUCUGCCAAAUGGUCGGGUUGGGAACCGUGACCUUUUUGUGCAUGUACACGAAACGGUCGGGGUUCUCAACCCCGACCAUUUUGUCGUAGGAAAACUCUCCUCUGCUAAAUGGUCGAGGUUUCCAACCCCGACUGUUUUCAGCUCCAUUCGGCGCCUGGGCUGAGCUCUCUGCCAUAUGGUCGGGUUUGGGAACCCCAACCAUUUCGAAAUACUGCUUUCGAAAUGAUCGGGGUUUCCAACCCCGA